UACUAAUAAUGGCAACAGUUAGGGUGGAUAUCCAGUUGCCUAGUGAAAAUGCACAAUAGGAUCGCACAACUAAAAAACAAAAAACAACAACAUUAUGAAGACAAUUUUUUUUUCGUGACGUUUCCAGUUGUUCUACAAUGUGCGUAGUUGGGAGUGUCAAUUGUUUUUUCGAGUUCAAAGACUUUCUUGUGGAGUGGGGCUGCAGGGGCCGUGUAAAAGGGUACAAUGCAGUGCGCAAACUCGGGCGAGCAUUUCCAGAACAAAGUCAUAAAGGAGAGCGCCGCAGACUACUGAGUUCAGAUCGAAAUAAAGCGGCGACGUGGCCAGAGGGAAGAGUUGCUUACAGCUUUCUGUUUCGUUUUCCGGAUUAUUCGCCUUUUCCCCACUCUCAAGGUGACCUGGCAACGUCUACGUGUGUGCACCAGGCCAGCCUUUCUCUUCGUAUUUUUCCAGUCACGCACUCUCUUCGUGUACUGUAGUCCCCCAAAAACCGUCCAGCAUUAGAACGGGCCUGCUCUCCUUGUGUUGUGCAGCUCCGCCAAGGUCGGAAGUCGGUCAAACGGUCACAUGUGCUGUCUUUUUCUUUCAUCUGCUUGUCAUUCACUGCAAAAAUCAAGUGGUGACAGUUGCGGAAAGAAGUCGGUUCGUGUGAUCUGUCUGAACAAGGGAUCCUAGUCAGCUUUCUCUUCCGAGGAUCGUGCUCUGUGUUUGAAUGGAGUAAAGACCAACACCAAUGAGUUUGCGUGAUCAUGAAUCUGGAGACGCUUUCCUCGCCCGGAGGAGAUAGAGGAGCCGCCUGCUCGCUAAGUUCACUGUUGGCUUUAGGUUGUCGCUCAAGAGCUGAGGCUGCUCACUCGUUUGCCAAAAAACUCCACACUAAAUUGUGGUCAUUGAGUCCGUCACAGUCGCCAAUGGAUGCCGAACUGUCAUCUGCUAAUCAGUAUCGUGAAAGGAAAGACGACUACAGCUCCUGGACCGUUGAAGCUCGCUUUGAUUUGAACAGCAAACGGGUGGAAACUGUUGUCACCAGCGUCCCCCUGAUCACGCCAAAUCGCCAAAUCAACGACAAUUUGUCCUGCGUCGUCUACCAGCCGCCAGAUUAUCAGUUCAAUAAAUUUUCCGCAGAUUCUUCACCCGACGAACUGGCAAGUAUGGGUUCCCAAACUAAUUUUAACAGCCGCAGUGCCCUGGAAGGAAGCUGGAUGAAUUUUCAGAAAGGUCAUGAGGUACGUUCCUGUAGGACCCACGAUCAGGAAUCGGAAACGAGCAGUACGACUACGACCAACACUAUGUCCGAUAGCGACCAAUAUUUCGAUUUUGGCAUUGAAACGCCUGUUGACUUGGAUAGCGCUGGAGAAGAGACGGUGAGUCAUGAGCUGCCAAUCGUCAUUAACUGUGAAGACGGCCUUCCAGUCCGGCAAACAGACGGCAUGGAGUCUGGGUUCAUUUACAGCAGUCCCAUUCUCAGCGGAGAAGACGAUUCCGACCAACUAGAAGACCGGGAGGAGGAGCCAUCAUUCUACGAGAGUCUAUCUCAGUCACCUGCAUCCGCUACUUUUGCUCACAAAACGAAUCUUGACCGAUUUCAUUUUGGCCACCCCAUUGCCCACGUGUGUGAACCCGCUCUGGAUCUUUCGAGCGACGUGAAUACUACCGAUAUGGAAGUAUCAGGCCACAGUGGGGGUGUCCAAGUGGAGGAGGCGACUCCGCCUAGCAACACUAUCGGCGAUUGCACGCAUGCGCAAUGGAACGAACUCGUCGAAACGUCACCGCACGUAAAGGUGGCGCGUGCAGACCUUGGGUUUGAAGGAGAUCUAGAGGACGUUGAGAGCAAUGAUUUCUCAACUGGCGACAUGGCUUUAAGUGAACCGUUGCAAAGCGAGAUCACUCAUUCCUCACCACCGGCAUCACCCGGUUCGUUCGUUUCAACUCUGGGCCAAGUUCCAGCGGAUUCCCCUCCACCAGACGCAAGGGAGGAUGCUUGCAGGUUUCAGGCAGCCGAUGUGUUGGCCGAUUUGUUGAAAUUAAAACUGGACAUGGUUCGACUCGAUCCCAUUAUCUCUGAUCAACUGUUUAAUGUAAGUGCCGACGAAAAUGAUACCGUGCAUCGCGCCAAUAACCUUUCACUUGAACUUGAAAAGAAUUUGGACCAUCGAUAUGUUGUCGGUGACGACAAUGUCGUUGCCAGGACAGCGGCACUCCUGACGUGCGUUAUUGAUUCAGAUCCCAAAGCUGAGGCUGACGAUGAAUCGAAUCUGACCUCCAGCAGUUCCGAGGUUACAUCGACUAAAGAAUCAACUCCAUCGAAAGAAGAGAACGAAGAGCAAACCGACGACAAAGUUGACAGCAAAUUGUAUCGAUCUCCAGUCAAGCGCAGUACUUCACUCAAAACAUGCAAGACGCCACCAGGUACGCCAGGUCGUAAAAAGAUUGUUCGAUUCGCCGAUGCCUUGGGACUUGAUCUUGCCUUGGUCCGAACUUUUCUGGACGAGGUUCCUAACGUACCCCAAUCCGCAUUCAGCGACUUGACCGACGCUCCAAGCCAAGUAGAUUCCUGCCCGAUCCGCACAAACCAGGCCCAACCGGGAUCCUACAUCCGCAUCACACGACGAGAUCCAAGCACCAACAGCUCCGUCACCACUUUUGUCAGCAGUCCACGGAUCUUGGUGGCCAAUUUCACACAGCCGGGUAACAUGCCCGAUUUCUUGGAGAGAGUUAAACGGCAGAAGAUAUCCUUGGAAACGGCCAGCAUGAUUGACGACAGCCGAUUGCGCGGCGUUGUCCGCGUUCUCAAUGUAGACUUCCAUAAAUCUGUACUGAUUCGCUUUACCGUCGAUGAAUGGCGCACUCAAUCUGACCAGUUAGCUACUUACGUGCCCAACAGUUGCGAUGGACUGUCGGACCGUUUUACUUUCAACUGGGCAGGUGCCCAAUCGAUGCAACCGGGACAAAGACUCAUCUUCGCCAUUUGUUAUCGUGUUGCCGGCCAGGAAAUUUGGGAUAGCAAUCAAGGACGAAAUUACGUGUUCCAGUGUAUUUCCAAUUCGAACUAUCUUCCCUCCAUCGCCCUGAGCAAUCCUACUGUAUCUGAUGCGUUCUUGCCCUAUAUGUAAAAAAAAAAAAAUAAUAAUUAUAAUAAUGUUUAACAUAAAAGUAAUACCAUGUUAUAACAUUAUUCGUUAAGGGUUUAUCUCCCAAAUCCAAAUUGACAUGAUUCGACCUAUAUUGACUAGUGUUGCUGUUAAUGGUUGUUGAGUAGCAUUUAAACACUUAAACUUCGUGAACAGUUGAACAGUUUGAACAGUUUUAUGAAAAAUGAGAUGGGCAUGCCGAUUUCCCUACUGAUGCAAAAAUGAUAUCGAAUCGAUAACAAACGGCAUUUGAUAUUGUACAAAUACUUCGUAGUUCACAGAUACUAGCCGGAAAGCGAUAUAUAUGAAAUUCUAAAUAGAUAUUAUAUAGAAAAUGUUGCAAAUAAAAUAAUAACCUUGCUGAACGUUA